AUGGAAGCAGAAAACCAGACAGAUGCAUCAUACUUCCUCCUCCUGGGAAUCACUGAGGAUCCAAGUAUGCAGCCCCUCAUCUUUGGCAUGUUCCUGUCCAUGUAUCUGGUCACCGUGCUGGGGAACCUGCUACUCAUCCUGGCAAGCAUCUUUGACUCCCGCCUCCACACGCCCAUGUAUUUCUUCCUGUCCAACCUCUCCUUUGUGGACAUCUGCUUCACCUCCACCACCGUCCCCAAGAUGCUGCAGAACAUUCAGACACACAGCAAAGCCAUUUCCUACAUCGGAUGUCUCACACAGGCCUACUUUUUCGUAUUAUUUGUAGGACUGGACGAUUUACUCCUGAGUGUGAUGGCCUAUGACCGCUUCGUGGCCAUCUGCCACCCCCUGCACUACAUGGUCAUCAUGAACCCCCGCCUCUGUGUCCAGCUGCUGCUUCUGUGCUGGCUGGUCAUUUCCUGGGUUGCCCUGGUUCAUAUCUUCCUGAUGGCACAGUUGACGUUCUGUGUGGGCACCGAGAUCCCACAUUUCUUCUGUGAACUGGCUCAGGUACUCCAGGUGGCCUGCUCAGAUGCAGAAAUCAAUAACAUUUUCUUGUAUGUGGUCACUGCACUUGUGGGCAUGAUUCCCUUCGGGGGCAUCCUCUACUCCUACUCUCAGAUAGUCUCCUCCCUAAUGCGCAUGUCCUCCAGGAGGGGCAGGUCCAAAGCCUUCUCCACCUGUGGCUCUCACCUCUCCGUGGUCUCCUUGUUCUACGGCACGGCCUUGGGCGUCUACUUGAGUUCUGCGGUGACUGACAUUUCUGAGAACAGUGCCAUUGCCUCGGUGAUGUACACGGUGGUCACCCCCAUGCUAAACCCCUUCAUCUACAGCCUGAGGAACAAAGAUGUCAAAGGGGCGCUGGGCAGGAUUCUCAGCCGAGCAAUUUCUUAUCAAUGA